CUAGAAGUUUCAAAAAGAAAGGCUUUCUUUCUUUCUCUCUCUCUCCAUUGCGUAAAACGGCAAAAGGAAUUAAAUUUUUUAAAAUUAAUGUACAAAAAUUUCGAUGGCUGGUGCAAAUGGUUUUCUUGGAGGAGAACCUUUCAUAAAUAGAGAGUAUAUAUUUGAGAAUCAUUUAUAUGUUGAAAAUCGUGUAAUUAAUGGUACAACAUAUUUAAUAUGCAAAUUUAAAAAUACAAAAGCCUGUCCAGCCCGUGGAAAAUUAAGUUUUGGUAUAUUUACUCUGACGAAAAAUCAUACGCACUUACCUAACGUAAGGAUUCAAGCGCAACGUUCUUUUCGGCAAGAACUUUUGAAUGCUUCAAGAUCACAGCCCAUAAAUAACAGGCAGAUUUAUAACGAACUGCGACAAUUCCAUGAGGAAGCAGCUGUUGGUGUUACCUAUAGUAGUAUGCAAAGCAUUAUGUAUUGUCGUCGAAAAAAUAAUACACCUGAGGAGGUAAACUCUUUAGAAGAUUUAACGGAAAUCUUAAAUGAGGAACAAUGGUUACAUUUGAAACAGCAUGAAAAUGGCACUUUAAAUUUUAUUUUAAUAAAUGAUGUCGACAAUUCAGCCUCAGUAUUAAUAAUUGAUCAAGCAUUUGCAAGUAGUAUCUGUAAUAGUGGACAAUUUUUUUUGCACAUAUCAAAAACAUCUGUACCAAGUUCCUUGGAAGCAACACAAUUAUUAAGACUAAUGAGUGUUGUAAAUGGUCGGGUGAGUGUAAUUGUCUUUUUAAAUUACAGUUUUUGAAAUAAUUUUAUGUAUAACUUUUAAUUCAAUCAAUUUUCUUUUUAAAAAUAACUACAC